AUGGGUGCCUACAAGUACGUUCAGGAGCUCUGGCGCAAGAAGCAAUCCGAGGCCCUCCACUACCUCUUCCGUCUCCGCACAUGGGAGUACCGCCAGCUGAACGCGAUCAAGCGCUGCAGCCACCCGACUCGCCCUGAGAAGGCUCGCCGUCUGGGCUACAAGGCCAAGCGGGGCUAUGUUGUCUAUCGUGUGCGUGUGCGCCGCGGCGGACGUAAACGCCAAUGCGUCCACGGCAUCUCGUAUGGUAAGCCGAGGAACAUUGGUAUCGUCGGCCUGAAGCCUAGCCGCUCGCUACGCGCGCUUGCCGAGCAAAAGGUCGGGCGUCGUCUUCCGUCUCUCCGCGUCUUGAAUUCCUACUGGGUUGCCCAGGACGGGUCCUACAAGUGGUACGAGGUCAUUCUCAUCGAUCCGUUCCACCCGUGGAUCCGCAACGAUCCAAAGAUUAAUUGGAUCUGCAACCCGGUCAUGAAGCGCCGCGAGUGUCGCGGUCUCACCUCUGCCGGUCGCAAGGCCCGCGGUCUCCACAACAAGGGUAUCGGUGCGAUGAAGCUGAGGCCGUCGAAGAGAGCCGCGUGGAAGCGCAACCACACCCGCUCCCUCCGCCGCUACAGAUAG